UUCACCGUCGCCCACGCUCCUUUCCCCUUUCCGCAUCCGCAGCAACGAAAGCGAGCGCAAACCCACCCCACCCCACCCCACGACACAACGCAUCCCCCGAACACCAGCGCAAACCCCGCUGUUCCGCCCCGCCCCCCGUCCCCGUCUCGCCCCCCUCCUCCGACGAUUCGAGGCCCGGGGCUCCCGCGCGGCGGAGGCGGAGGCGGCAUGAGGACGGCGGCGACGGCGGCGGAGGCGCACCAGUCGCGGCUCCUGUACGAACUGGGCGCGCUGCUGCUGACGAUCAUCCGGUCGCCGCUCGGGCCGGGGGAGGAGCCGCGGCAGGUGACGGCGGCCGGGGUGGCGUCCAUGAUGCUGGGCGCCUCCAUGGCGCUCAUGCUCUGCGGCUCCGUCACCUUCAUGCUCGGCUUCUUCCUCAUGCCCUGGGUCGUCGGCCUCGCCUGCGUCUUCCUCUUCGUCGGCUUCCUCACCAACCUCUCCGGGAUCUGGAGGGCCAUCCUCUGCUGGCCCGCCGCAUGCUCCUCCUCCUCGCCCCAUAAGGACGCCUCCACAUGGCAUAUAUUUCCAAAGCCUCCAUUCAUGUAGACGUGAAGUCAAAUACGGAGCAGCGAUGUACAGAAGAAGCACAUGAGUUUGGGCAGCAGUAUUUUCCUUCCUGGGCAACAUUUACCAUGUAACAAAUGCAACAGGUCUAAAUGGUUGUAUACUUAUAACUAGGAGGAUACAUCUUGACAGCAAACUUUGUACAUAUGGGAAGAAUGCUCUGGUGUAAUUGUGAAGUGAGGCUUAUUAUUGUUUGAGAAAUGAAGAGCCUCUGUUUCUUCCCAGAAUGACAGGAAAUUCCGUGUUUCCGGAUAAGUUUGUAUCUGUUUGUGAGGAAUGGCCGCAAGUUGGAUAGUCUCGUUCGGUGGAAUGCUUGUCCAUGUAAGCUUCAAAUUUGUAUGAUGUUGACCAUAAAUGAACUUUUCAUUUUCAAGAAUGAGAAGAAAAAAAGGGCGACUGUUUUUUGUCCAAGUUCAAAA